AUGAGAGAACGCAGUCAGCACAGUCGCAGUGGACACGUACUGUAUGUAGGACUAUUUAGACACCCAGGAAUGCUUCACAGGGCUAAAUACAGUCGCUUUAGGGAUGAUUUUAUAACAUCAUUAGAGGAAGGUACACAAAGUAAUUCUUUAAAUAUCAAAGGCUCCUCUUCAUCUUCUCAUUCCUCCACACCUCAUUUACCAAUUGAGGAUGUCACCUUGGGGACACAGGACAGUUCCACCACUUUGUGCACUUUGAUACCCCGAAUGGCUAAUAUUAAAUUAUCCAAUCCAUCCAAUCUGCCUGGUUUUAAAAACUUCUGUCUGGGGACAAAAGAGGUGCCAAGAAUUAAACUCACAGAGUGUGUUACAGUUCCAAGCAGCCCAACCUCACCAGAAAUCAGUUUAAUCAGCUGCCUGCCUACUUCUUAUCCACGGCAGGACCCGGACAAACUUGAUGUAAAUACAAAAUCUCAAGAUGACUGCAACUUGCUGGGCUUUGAGUCUGCCCCUCUAAGCAAACAGGACAAACCUCCGGUGCAGAGCGGAGAGGACAUUGUGAAGACUGGCAUGACCUACUGUGUACGAUACAUGGGCUGUAUUGAAGUGUUGCAGUCAAUGAGGUCUCUGGACUUUGGCACCAGGACACAAGUCACCAGGGAAGCAAUAAGCCGACUGUGUGAAGCUGUAUCAGGAACAAAUGGAGCUAUAAAAAAGCGGAAGCCUCCAGUUAAAUUUCUGUCUUCUGUGCUUGGCAAAAGUAACCUUCAGUUUUCUGGCAUGAAUAUAAAACUGAUCAUCUCCAUGAGCAGCCUUACUUUGAUGAAUGUUGAUACCCAGCAGAUUAUUGCCAACCACCACAUGCAGUCCAUCUCAUUUGCCUCUGGAGGUGAUCCAGAUACAACAGACUAUGUUGCAUAUGUAGCUAAAGAUCCUGUUAAUCAGCGAGCAUGCCAUAUAUUGGAAUGUCCCAACGGAAUGGCUCAGGAUGUAAUAAAUACCAUCGGGCAGGCUUUUGAGCUCCGAUUCAAGCAAUACUUGAAGAAUCCUUCUACUCUAAUUACUUCCAAUGAAAGUGAAGUGAUGAAUCUUGAUGGAUCAGCUUGGAAUACGCAGGAAAAGGAGGAUUAUGAAUAUUACAAUGAAAUUCCAGGGAAAGAACCUCCUACAGGUGGACUAUUAGACAUGCGAAUGAAAGUGCAAACAGACCAAAGGGAAAACUGUCCCAUACAAUGUGAAAAGCAAUACUGUUUGGCUGGCAGCCCAAAAUGCAUCAACAUAUAUGAAAACUGUCCAGAAGAAAACAAAUCAGUGGGUAACUAUGGUGAAAGAUCACUGAAGGCAAAAAAAGAUGUAUCCUUACUGAAACCUGCUUGCAAAAUGGAUCUUUUUGAUGACCCUUGUUACAUCAACACUCAGACCCUGCAAACUACAGCCUACACAGCUAGAGGCCUUGCAUCAGCCCAGGUCUAUGGGAGCCCGCUGUGUCAUGAAAAAUUGCCGGAAGCUGUUCAGCAGCGUGCCACAACCAACAUGGAUAGUGUAUGUGUUCUGCCACAAAUAAAGCAACAGUUAAGGAAUGAAGAUUGUUACCAUGGCAAAUUAAACAGGAAAGCAGCAGAGACCCUCUUGGUCAAUGACGGGGAUUUUUUGGUGCGAGAGAGUGCAACAUCACCUGGUCAAUAUGUAUUGAGUGGAUUGCAAGGAGGGCAAGCAAAGCAUUUACUCUUGGUGGAUCCUGAAGGCAAGGUCAGAACCAAAGACCAUGUGUUUGAUAGUGUGGGUCAUCUUAUUCGCUACCACAUGGAAAAUAAUCUGCCAAUCAUCUCUUCUGGAAGUGAAGUGAGCUUGAAACAGCCAGUGAGAAAACAGAAUAACACAGGACACAUGCAAUACAACAAAUAA